UCUAUAGAGGAACAAAACCAGAGAACCUAAACAUUCCUUUGUGGCUUGUGGCGACUGGGGAUCGCAGAGAGAGUAUUCGAGAAUCCGUACAUCUCUCAGGAGUCAGGACCUCUUGGUUUCUCUCUCUACGACCCCUCCUUCCAUUGAACUGAUUUGCUUAACUCUGUAUCUGGAAUUCUAGGGUUUUUCUCUGUCAAAUUUGAAAAUGAACAAGCUCGGUAGAGGUCACCGAGACAAGGUUCAGCAAUUAAUGACAAUAACUGGAGCUAGUGAAAAGAUUGCUCUUCAGGCCUUGAAGGCAAGUGAUUGGCAUCUCGAAGGGGCAUUUGAUGUAUUUUACAACCAAACCAUGGUUAAAUUUGCUGAUUCUAGGAAUUUGGAAGAACUAUACAAUAGAUACAAAGACCCUUAUGCUGAUAUGAUUUUGGUUGACGGCAUCACUCUUCUCUGCACCGAUCUUCAGGUGGAUCCACAGGACAUUGUUAUGCUGGUCCUUUCUUGGCAUAUGGAGGCUGCAAUCAUGUGUGAAUUUUCCAAACAAGAGUUUAUUGGUGGUUUACAAGCUCUUGGGAUAGAUUCCCUUGACAAGUUCCGCGACAAACUACAAUACAUGCGUUCUGAACUGAAAGAUGAGCAAAAGUUUCGAGAGAUCUAUAACUUCGCCUUUGGCUGGUCAAAAGAGAAGGGUCAGAAAUCUUUGGCUUUGGAUACUGCAAUUGGGAUGUGGCAAUUACUCUUUGCAGAGAAGCAAUGGAACUUGGUCAACCACUGGUGCGAGUUCUUACAGGCCCGACAUAACAAGGCAAUAUCUAGAGAUACAUGGUCUCAACUACUGGAGUUUGCAAGGUCGGUGGAGCCAACACUGGCCAACUAUGAUGCGGAAGGAGCUUGGCCUUACCUAAUUGAUGAAUUCGUGGAGCAUUUGUAUGACAGUAGCAUCAUUAUAAGACAAGGAUGAGACUGUCAAAUCUUAUGUGCUCUAUCAAGGAGAGUGGCCUUUGUCUAUGUUGUUAAAUGAAUUUGCAGUUUCAUUUGUUACUGAUGCCUCAAUAGCUAAACUUUGUUUGACUAUUUCCUUUUA